CUGAUUGACGGUGUAUUGUCAGUUCUGACCAAGAGUGGUUGUUUCACAUCACCGGUUGUAUUUCCCUGUUUGUGGAAUUAGUCUGUGUUCAUCAAGAUAAGCACGUAAAUAAAAUCAAAAUGCCGGCUUACCAUUCCCAGUUUCUCAAUCCUCCAAGACUAAUUGGUAACAUGGCGUUACUGCCAAUUCGCAGUCAGUACAAAGGGCCAGCUCCUAAAGAUACCUCCAACUAUGAUAUCAUCGACGAGGCAAUUUACUUUUUCAAGGCCAACAUUUUCUUCAGAAACUAUGAAAUCAAGAGUGAAGCUGACAGAACGUUGAUCUACAUUACCUUGUACAUCAGCGAGUGCCUCAAGAAGCUACAAAGGUGCUCUUCCCGUGCUCAGGGCGACAAAGAAAUGUACACACUGGGCAUCUCCAACUUCCCCAUCCCUGGAGAGUCGGGCUUCCCACUCAACGCCAUGUACACCAAGCCAGGCAACAGAGGGGACGAGGACACCAUGCGGCAGUACCUCCAGCAGCUGAGACAAGAGACCGGAGUGAGACUCUUGGACAAAGUCUUUGACCAGGGAGAUAAGCCAAGCAAAUGGUGGCUGUGUUUCGCCAAGAGGAAGUUCAUGGACAAGAGCCUGUCAGCCCCUGGUUACUGAGGGGAGCAGGGCUACUGCUGUGUGGGACUCAGAGGUCGAUCAACCUGGCACAUUUCCAGUGUUUGUGUGGAGCUGCAUGAAUGAAUAAAUGAUUGAUUGAUUGAAUGAAUGAAUGAUUGUUGGCAGCUUGUGCGUGUGCGUGCAGGAGGAGAUGUUUUAUUUGGCUUGCAACUUUAUAUCUUCUGUGUUACUAAAUAGGAUUUUUUCAGUAUGUCUGUGUUAGUAUUAACCCUUGUGGCGCUAAUGAUGAGAUCACUGGUAGUGGAGUUGUAUUUGGAAUGUGGUAGGAAGGGUUUGUCAUCAUACAAAGAGGAAAGAGUACCAGGUCAGUUUUGCUGACGGAUAACCAGACUUAACAAUUUUUGCGGAAUACAAAAAUGGGAUUUUCAUUGAAAGUUGUUUUAUAAUGUUCCCAUGUCAAUGUUAGCAACUUAUGCAGUUGCGAGCGCCGUCAAACCUCAACUAAAACAAAUUUUAGCAAAGUGUCUUUUAAAAGUCUUUCUCCAAUAAGAACUUGAGUAGCUGAACACCUGUAGUUUUUCUCAACAGUGACCCAUUGGUGUAGAUCGACACUCAUAGCAUCAGUGGGGCUAAUUCAGUAUUUUGAUUGGCUGUUAGUAAAUGGUGGCUGUUUAUUGUAUGGACUCACUGUAAACUCCAACUGUUCAGCAUCAUUGAUUGACUGUGUGAUAAGAACCAGUGGACUAUUAAGUAUGAUGUCAUUGUAAUUCAGCACAUUCUCUAUCAUUCUUUUAUCAUGCGUGAUGAGUGUUAAGUUGGGUUGGUGCUUUGUUUCAUUGUUGUUUUUUGUUGUGUUGCUUUUAUACUGUCCGUUGCCCUGCAGAAUAAAAGACGAAUAUGUAAACUACUUGUACCUAAAAGAUUGUUAGUUAGGGUUGUCAAAACAGCAACCUAUGGGUGGUGUUUUGUCGUAGGAUGCAAGAUUUGUAUUAACUGUGAUAAGUAGGGCUUCUUUGGUUUAGGAAGUUUAUUCUACCGAGGUUGUACUCUUGAAAAGACUCAUAAAAACAGCAGCAGAGGGUCUGGAAGGUUGGGUUGUUGUUGUUUUUUUUCACUCUCGCUAUGAAAGCAGUAAUUUUGUUUUGGCAUGAAGAUUCCUUAUUCUGUGUGUAGUUGGGAUUUAUAUAUAAGCUUUAAGGUUCAAUAAAAUAUUUAGAUGUAAGUAUGGACUAAUUGCUCUACCAUAUCAAAAAUUCUGCCCACUGUUUGUUUUCCCAUGCAUUUAGUGGGUUGUUUUGUGUGUGUGUGUGUGUGACCUGUAACUAAGUAAGCGUAGAUUGGGACAUUGUGAUAUCCAUCUGUAAGUGUGCUGUCACUUAAACAACUCAUUGAAAGAAAUGUAUUUCUGUUUGCUCCUAUUAUCCAGCAAUGAGACAGUCUGGUAAUGAUUUUGUAAGGUUAUUUUUUUAAAACUAGAGAGUAGUCACAAUCAGGGGUGCUGCGAAUGUGUGGAGAAUGCUUAUUUAUUGUCCAUUUGUUCCAUGCUAUGUCAAAUGAUUCUAAAUGUUGAGCCUUAUCUUCUUUAUGAUGCUACUGAAUAAAUUUACUCUUGAUAACUCAUC